ACAUCCAAGGUGGGGCCUCCUAGGUGUGGUGGAGACGUGGGGCUUCCAAUGAUGAACUUGUGUGGCUGCCCUCGUCGAGCACCUUAGCCUGUGCAAUGUUUGAAGGCAUUGCGUCACUAGCCUUAGAUGGAAUUGUCUCGGUGCUUUAGAACACUCAAGAUAGACCAUACGGAGAGCUCAUCUUGUGACUUUGUGGUUAUCACUGUCAGUUCUCGAGUCCGUAUCAACCUCAGUCCCACGCUUCUCACCAACAGCAGUGUCAAGUCCAAUGCCAUCAAUAGUGUCAUAAACAUCAACAUAACUAUUGACACUAACAACAUUACCAUCACCCUCAGCAGUAGCAAUACCAGCAGAAGCAUGCACAGGAACAAUGUUUACUUCUGCAGGCUGUUCCUCGCUGCUUGGUUUUCUAUGGCAGCGUUGGGCGACCAGCAAGAGGCUGUGCUGACUGAUGUGGUAGAUGACACCGCCUUACCUGUGGAGAGUGUAGACAAUGCCGCCGUGCCUGUGGAGUGUACAGAAGACGCCCCUGUACCCAUGGAUGGUGUUGAAGUCGUCAUUGUACCUUUAGAGGGAGCAGGAGACGCACCCAGUAAGGUCGAGCCUGUGGAAUACAUAGGAGCUGUACUGGAAUACACGCCCUAUAGUGACUGGGACGCUGGAGGCCUGGCCAUACUGAAGGAGAACGCCCGCAUGUACCUGGACUAUGCCGCCCUGGCCAAAAUACAGGAGGCGGACAUCAUAGUGUUUCCUGAGUGUGGUCUGACGAGUAUCAACGUGACGGGCGGUGACUUCAUGAGCUUGACUCAGGUGGUGCCCAACCCACUGGACCUGGCCAUACCUUGUGAUUUUCAAGACAUCACUAAUUACACACAGGUGAUGAAGACGCUGAGUUGUGGAGCUAGGGAACUUGAGAUGUACCUGGUGGUAAAUUUGAGUGAACAGGAAGACUGCAGGAACACUACUCAACCCAACCCAGAACCAAGCCACCCACACGGUUACACCCACGGCAGGGAAAAGGACGAGGUGAAGAGACGAAUAUAUGAACCUCUCUCCCAGUUCAAGAUGACUACAGAGAACCUAGCUGUGUCUGAAGGCUGUCUUGAGGAAUCCAGUGACGAUCCAGAAGGGACUGACAGAAGUGUUGGAGAGUGUCCCUCCUCUGGCUACCUCUUCUACAACACCCAGGUUGUGUUCGACCGUUCAGGUGCAGUUGUGGCCAGGUACCGCAAGAAACACCUGUACCUGGAAUCGCAGUACACACCCGGGACAGAAGAGGACACCACUGCAAUCUUCACCACCGAUUUCGGAGUCGCCUUCACUCUCCAGGUGUGCUUUGAUAUCAUGUACAUGGACCCAGCGGUGAAUAACGUGUUGGAAAGAGGCGUGAUGGACGUUGCCAUGAGUACUGCCUGGAUUGAUGAGCUGCCUUUCCUGACAACUCCCCAGAUCUUUAAUGGAUGGAGUACGGGCCUGGGUGUUAACCUGCUGGUGGCUGACUACCAUGACGUCACCUCUGGUAAGCUGGGCUCCGGGAUCUUCCGAGGGGUGAACUCACACACGUCUGAUUACAUUUACGAUCACCAAGGAGGCUCGUCGCUUCUGGUAGGUCGUGUGUCAACGCUCGGAACUCGACGGGCAGAACUCCCAGAAGAUGGUAGACCGAGACCAAGAGAAGAAGAAGCUCCUGAGGGUGCUAGUGAGAUCCACGACGACGCUUCAAGACAACGUCCACCGACGGCGACAUACUACACCCACCAGACACACUUCUACACCGACGAAACUCAUAAAUACAGUGUGGGUUUAGAGGAUCCACCCAACGUGUCUUAUCCACGGGAUAAUGAGCAAAACACAGAGCAAACUACGAUCAGCGAUGAUAUGUAUUUCAUGCACGAAGAUUUGAGUCUAUAUAAUCACUACGUGUUAGACAGAGCAGAUGCAAAUAUUUUGUUUGUAAAGACGCUGUGCCACAAUGACAGUCUGUGCUGCACCGUGGCUUAUUCUUACUCAGACGACGACGUUGAGGAGGGUUUGUACAUGCUCCUGGCAUACAGCGGCGUGGUGAAGAAGGGUGGUGGAACCUACAGCAUGUUUACCCAAGUAUGUGCGAUCGUCUUCUGCCUGAGUGAAGACGUUAUGGAUUGCGCGCGCAUCGAAGGCCAGAACCCACGAACGUCCUCAUACCACACGUAUGAGCUGAUUGGAACGUUCGCCACGCCAUAUGUCUAUCCGUCCGUCUUUACCCAGAAACUGACUCUCAUUAACGAAACUGUCUGGACGUUCAACAACACAAUCGUGAACGAGACGAGAAAUGAUUGCAGCAUCUACUUGAAUGAUCCGGUUCCCGAUCUACUGUCACUGACGAUGUUUGGUCGAUGGUUUGAGAGGGACCCCCAGGAGUCGACGAGAACGGUAUAAAGCUCUCUCUCUCUCUCUCUCUCUCUCUCUCUCUCUCUCUCUCUUAUUCAUAUACUAGCGGAAUCGCCUCCCU